AUGGAGGGAAAUCAAUCAAGCACCACAUUCCUACUACUGGGAUUUGGCAGUAGCCUCAAACUACGAAUUUUGCUCUUCUUAUUGUUUUUACUCAUCUAUGUAUUGUCAGUUUUCGGAAACCUUCUUGUGAUUUUACUAGUCUUAGUUGAGCGACGUCUGCAUACCUCCAUGUACUUCUUUCUCUUGAAUUUGUCCUUCCUGGAGGCCUGCUAUAUUUCAGCCAUCUUACCCAGAAUGCUGUUCAGUUUUCUAACUGGGGACAGAACCAUAUCCAUUGAGGGAUGCAUCACACAAUACUAUUUCUUUGGUUUCUAUGCAGCUACUGAGUGCUACCUUCUAGCCAUUAUGUCUUAUGAUCGGUAUUUGGCCAUAUGUAAACCUCUUCAUUACACAUUUCUUAUGAAUGGGAGACUCUGCCUCCAGUUGGUGUUCACCUCUUGGAUGUGUGGUUUGUUGACCAACACAAUAAUAACCUCUUUUAUGCUCAAGCUCACAUUUUGUGGACCCAAUGAAAUUGAUCACUUCUUCUGUGAUGUAUAUCCAGUGGUAAAACUUUCUUGCAGCAAUACUCACCUAGUAAAACUUGCAACUUUUAUUCUAGCUCUUAUAGGAACAUGUCCCCCAUUCCUACUAACUUUGUCCUCCUACAUCUGUAUUCUUCUCACUGUUUUAAACAUUCAGUCCAAAGCAGCACAACAAAAGGCUUUUUCCACUUGCUCCUCCCACCUCAUUGUUGUGACAUUUUUCUAUGUGCCACUUUUCCUUGUCUAUGUAAUACCCGAAACAGAAGCACUGAAAGAACUACACAAAACCUUCUCCAUUUUCUACACUGCCUUGACUCCCAUGCUCAACCCUCUCAUAUACAGUUUGAGAAACCGAGAGGUGAAGGAAGCUUUUUUCAGAUUGACCAGGAAACACAGCAGUAGAAUUUCAUAG